AAAAAUUGGAACCGGUUCAUUGCAACAUAAAACGCGGUGGCAUACAAGUUACACCCAAUAUGUUGAAUGUCGUUUAGCCGUAAAGUGCUGUUUUGUUUUUCAGCCACAAUUUAUUAACCUGGAUAAACAUGAUGAUCGCAAACAUUGCAAAAUCUCAAAUUUAAAAACAUAUAAUUAUAUCCACCUCUUGUCAUCCAUAGUUUAUAUCCACAAACCCAUACCUUAAACAUUUAAAUAUACAUACAUGUAUGAAUGAAUGUCAAUAUGUCAUAAAAGUUAUAUUUUGGAAUGUUGUGCUUUAAAUCAACUUGUAAUGAUCAGCAUUUCAAGCAUUUAUGAUUUGAGUUUAAAUCGUCAUAGCUGACCCAACUUUUUCUCACUAUAUAUAUUUGCAUGAUUUUAGCAUCCCACAACGUGUAUUUCUUUUCAUUUUCUUGCUCUGUUUUCUGGGUUUUUUUUUCCUUGAAGUCCAAACAGAAUGUCUGGAGACAAAAAUCCGAGUUCGUUUACUAUUGGAAACACAGCACAAGAGAAGGGUUUGGAUUAUGUUCCGGAAUGUUACGUCGUUUCGCCUUCGAAAUCUUCAAGUUCGGGUACAGAGAAAGCUCGAAUUCCGACCAUCGAUAUGUCUCGGUUACGAAUGAAUGGCAAUAAACGCUCAAUCGCCAUUGAAGAACUUAGUGAAGCUUGUCGCCACAGGGGCUUCUUUCAAGUUGUGAACCAUGGGAUUAGCCAAUCUAUUCUCGAUGAAGCACUCGCAGUGGCGUUCGGUUUCUUCGAUCUGCCAAGUGAAGAGAAGCUUAAAUUCAAGUCAAAUGACGUUUACAACCCGGUACGGUACGGCACAAGCUUGAAAGACGGGGCUGACAAGGUCCAAUUUUGGAGAGUUUUCCUCAAGCAUUAUGCACAUCCCUUGGAUGCCUGGAUUGAUUCAUGGCCCCAUAACCCUCCUCAAUACAGGGAGAAAAUGGGUAAAUAUUGUGAACAAGUUCGAAACAUCGCCCUCGAACUAAUGGGAAUGAUCAUCGAAAGUCUCGGGAUAUCCCCGAAUCGACUAACCCCGCAAAUAGAUCGUGGCAUGCAAGUCAUGGCAGUAAACUGUUACCCACCAUGUCCUAAACCAGAAAUGCCAUUAGGGUUACCACCACAUUCAGACUACACUUGUUUAACCAUUAUCUUACAAAGCUCAACAGGUCUUGAAAUAUUGGACACUGAUGAUGGAAAUUGGAAAAUGGUCCCUGAACUUCACGGUGUAUUACAGGUUCAUAUAGGUGACCAUUUUGAAGUGAUGAGCAAUGGGGUAUACAAAAGUGUGGUUCAUAGGGCUACAUUGAACAGCGAAAAAACUAGGGUUUCCAUUGCAAGUUUACAUAGUUUGGGGAUGGAUGAUAAAAUGGAAACCGCUAAUGAGCUUAUCGAUGAACAAAAUCCAAAGAGGUAUAAAGAAAGUAGUUUUAGGGAUUUCUUGGAUUUCCUCGCAAAUAAUGAUAUUGCUGAUGGCAAACACUUCAUUGAUACACUUAAAAUUUAAAAAUAUAAAAAAAUGUUUUUUUUUUUUUUUUUUGUAUUGGGAAAAAUGGGUUUACUGUUUAGUUUAUGGGUUUUUAUGAUAUUACGAGGUCCGUUUGUUUCGUGGGAAAAGUUUUAGUUUUUUGGGGAAACUUUUAUUGUCACUCUGUUCUUUUUGGGGAUCCCCUGUUUCUCUGUAAUUUGAUAUUUAUUAAUGAAUAACUUUUUUUUAG